AUGCAUGCUUUACUUGCAUACAUGUUGUUCUAUGAGGUCGCUUUUCUAUGCACCGUAACAGUGAAAGAAAGAGUUCAGAGUAGGGCUACUUUGUUUUUCUCUUUUUUGUCCCAGAUUCAAAGGGUUGAAGAAAAGCAGAAAAAGGACUUUGCAGCUAACAUAGACGAUGAUGGGAUUGGAAGUUCCAUCAUAUUUUAUAAUGGUAAUUUCCUCUGUGAAUUUGUUCUUGCUCGCAUACCUAUAAUUGAGAACCAGAGAGCUUUUGUUGCCCCAGCAGAUAUUCAGUCAUUCACCAGUGAGGCUAAAAAUAAGUUAUCUACUCGUCUUCAAGGAAAGACUAGGUACUUUGGCCAAGCUGUGAAGGAAAUAUGUGCAACAUUUGAAGAGAUGCAGAAACAGAAGGCUAGUGGUUUGACAGAUGAAACGGAUGAUUCUCGUAUUGGUUCAGAGGCUCCAUCUAAUGAUGAGGUAGUAGGUAACCAUAAGGAUGAAAUUGACACUGUGUUAUCAAAUGCAGAAAAAGAUAACAUUGAUAUGAAUAAUGUUGGUUCUAAUCUGGAGCACUGUACUCAGAGAGUAGGGGAAAAAGACAGCGCAGAUGAAAAGAACUCUGUGCCUGUCCAUCCAAAUGAAAGUUCAUUGGUUUCAUCUCCGGGGAUGAAAAGUAAAUUAUCCAUGGGUUCAGAGCCAAAGAAGAAUGCUAACAAAUUGAUUCUUAAAGGUGCUAGUAAUUUUAAUGAUUUUGGGCAAGAUGAUAAUGGACAUAUUAUUUUAACAAAUGGGACCAAGCCAAGAAAGCUUGUCAAUGGCUUGCCUAAUCAUAUUUGCCUAAUGCCUCUUCCAAACUUGUGCACUUUGGAUGGGAAAUUAAGUGCAGUCUAUAAAUGGGCCAAAGAGUAUCUCGGACUAACACUGACCUCUGUUGCCUCCAAGAGAUCAAAACCACAUCCAGAAAAUGUUAGUUGUUCAACCUUCCCUUUGCAAGACUUGCAUAUGAAAGAACCUGUAUCCCAGACAUCAUCAAAUGAAUCCUCAAAAGGGAAACGACGCAAAUUGCAGGAAAUAUUGAAUUCAUCGAAGAAAAAUCACAAUGAAGUGGUUUCAAGUUCUUCGAAAAAGAAACAAAAUGAAGUGGUUCCAAACUCAUCCAAGAAGAAACAAAAUGAAGUGAUUUCCCAGGUCCCGCAGACUUCUGGUGGCACUCACACUAAUCAUGACACUCAUUCAAAAAUGAAGAUAAAUUUGCUUCAGUCAAGCUUUGCAAAUGGUAAGAAAGGAAUCAAUUCUAUUGGCACCAAAAUUGAUACGAAGAUGGUUAGGCAUGAGUUAACAAUUUCAAGGAAAGGAGAUCCAAAAUCAUCUAAAGUUUCUUCUGUUACAAACUCACGUUACUUGUCUUUUCUUCAAGAACAUGAGUUACUUGAUGUUUCAUCUGAUAGUAUGAGCACAUCUUCGUCAUCAGAUUCUGAAGUUGCAUGA